AUGUUCAUCCUGACCAAGAUUGCAGACCUGGUGCAGAUCGCGCCGGAAGACUUUUCCAAGCACAGCAUCGUCGCCAUCGAGGACAACAUCAAUGCCAAAUAUUCCAACAAGGUCAUCCAGAAGAUUGGGCUCUGCAUAUGCUUAUACGAUGUCCUUUGGUCGUCGGAGGGACUGAUAGGCCAUGGCACCGGUCUUGUCAAUGUCAACGUUGAAUUCCGCAUGGUCGUGUUCCGACCGUUCAAGGGAGAAGUCAUGUUGGGCCGCAUCAGGAGCUCUACACCGGCAGGUAUCAAUCUCAGAACGGAUUUUUUCGACGACAUUUUCGUACCCUUCGAGGAGCUGCCACAAGGGGCAGAAUACAACCAUGGCGAACAGCUGUGGAUUUGGAAUCUCGAUGGCGAUGAUGGUGAUCGACUCUUCUACGAUAACCAUGAAAUGGUGCGUUUUCAGGUCAUUGACGAAGAGUGGCACGACCAGACGCCUGCUGGACCGACGCAGGCUGAAGAUGCUCCAGCCAAGACGCCAUACAAGGUGAAGGGCAGUAUGGCCCGCGAAGGUCUGGGCGUGUGUCUGUGGUGGGAUGGAGCUUGA